AUGCACUUCUCGCUUGCUGUUGGCAGUUAUAUAAUUUUGAUAGUCCAGUUACCAGUGAUGGCCGUCCUCACAGUGUUCUGCCGUAAAAAGAAACAUAAAGAUAGAGAUGGGGUUGUGCUAACAAAAGAUGUUCCCGGGUCGAAGGAAGAAACGCGCACCAAAACACGUACAUGGACUAUACGACCUAAACCACCUCCAAAUGUUCCAAUAGCGCCUCCACCCAAGGAUCCGCUUGACGAUACUCUGAGGGGAGUGAAGUCGUUGAAGAUCGAAAGCAGCUGGAAACUUAUGCGCAGGAGUAGAUGAAAGAAGAAUCAAACUUCAAUUCCAGUAAAAUCCAAGAUUUCAAAAGCAAUGUAC